AGGGGGCGUGGAGGAGAAUGAGGCUAUAAUCAUCUUCUCCUUCCAGGCUGACAUCGCCUUCCUCUCUUUCUCACUCUUUCCUUUCCUUCCUAAACUUCGACUUUUCACCUCUAAACACGCAUCAAUUACACUCGCCCUAACACGCUGUGCGAGGAUUCAACAACCUUUUCCUCGAGCCUUUUCUCUAUAGCUUAGUCCUGACGCCCUUUGCGCACACUUCAGACGCUCCCUCUUCUCAUGGUCACAUCCCCAAUCCUUUUCAGCAGCCUUGACGCCAACGUCCCCCCUUUUUAUCAUAAAAUAUAGUCCACCCAACAAAGUCGGUGAGAAAAGAAAAAAAAAUGGCAAUGGCAGCAGGAUACCCUCAAUCGCCUCCUCCGCGCAGCACUUCACCACGACUUCAGCAACAGCCCUCGCAAAUGAACUUCGGCACUUUUGCGAACCAUGUGAUGUCGCUCUUGGAGAAUGGCAAGACUUUCACUUUCUCACCCACAACCAAGCGGCGUAUCUCCAAAAACAUGAUCUCGGAGCCCAAGAAUUUUGAACAUCUGAUCCAUACCGAGACCGAGGCAGAAGCAGAGCUGAUUUUCAAAGAAUGGAUCCGAAAUCCCAGUGCUGGAAAACUACCAGUUCCUUCAAAAGUGUCCCAGCUCAAGUUUGAUCUUGUACGACAGGAGGAUUCGGCGACGUUUGCCACUCCUCCCGAGACCCUCAAGGGCCCUUCCUUCCACGCGAAACUCGCUAAUAACGAUGUCCAUAAGCGCGAUGCCUCUUAUGCAACCUUUAUCAUUGCCGACAAUGAUGAUUCAGAGGGUAAUGCCGAUGGGAUACCUGGCGACUGGGAGGACUUUGAGCGAUCUACGAUUCCCUCGCUGGGAACUGUCGAACAAUCGUCUUCGACCAAAGUCUUUUUUGAAAGCUAUUACCAUCGCUUGCUGACCAACCCUUCAGGCCGCUCUCGACGCCGACUGCAGCUGGAACGCCAGCUCGAGUCCAUGGGAAUAUCAGAGUCUGAAAAAGCUGUGAAGCGUCAAGAGUGGAUGGCAAAUGAGACAGAAUACAUGCGAUUGAUGCGCGAAAAGAUUUCGGUAAACUCAUUUCUUAUUCUCAAAGCAAUCGGCCACGGCGCCUUUGGCGUUGUCAAGCUGGUUCAGGAGAAGGACACGGGUCUGUACUUUGCGAUGAAAGUCAUGCGCAAGGCCGACAUGUUGAAGAAAGGUCAGGAAGGACAUGUCCGAGCGGAGCGCGACCUCAUGACGGCUGCUUCCGAGUCGGCGGUGUGGAUUGUUAAGCUGAUCUAUUCCUUCCAGGAUGCAGACCAUCUGUAUUUGGUUAUGGAGUAUAUGUCUGGAGGGGAUUUGUUGAACUUGCUGAUUGAGAAGGAUAUCUUUGAGGAGGAUUUUGCAAAGUUUUAUGUCGCAGAGAUGGUUCUUUGCAUCGAGGAAGCGCACAAACUGGGAUAUAUUCAUCGCGACAUUAAGCCUGAUAACUUCUUGUUCAACAAGGAAGGACAUAUCAAGCUAUCUGAUUUCGGACUCGCGACCGAUUUCCAUUGGGCGCACGACACAGCCUACUACGAGUCUCAACGACGUGCUCUCCUGCGCAAGACCGGUAUUGAUAUCGAGAAUACGGACACACUCAGGCCACGUAAAAAGCCGGGCAACCCAAAGGCGGCCUUGGCUUGGAACCUGGAUGAUGAGGAUUACGCCCAAUCAAUAGGCCGCCCACCACCCAACCAGAGCAUCCUCACUUGGCGCGAUCGUAACAGGAAAAAGAUGGCAUUCUCGGUUGUUGGCACCAACAAUUACAUGGCACCAGAGGUUCUUCGAGGUGCAGGAUACGACCGCGGAUGCGACUGGUGGAGCUUAGGGGUUAUCAUGUUCGAGAUGCUGUACGGAUAUCCACCUUUUAUCUCCAAAUCCCGUCAUACGACCCGUCUCAAAAUUAUUAAUUGGCGCCAAACUCUCAAGUUCCCUGCAAAGCCUAAGGUCUCUCGCGAAGUCCAAGAUUUGAUCGAGAAACUGAUCUGCGAGAAGGAAUUCCGCCUCGGUCGUAGCCCGCCUGUACAGAAUGUGAAUAAGCGCUGGUCGACCGUGUCUCCCCAUUUGAUGCAACAACAACAACAACAGCUGAACCAUAGUCUAAACAGCCAGGGACUGGGCGAUGCUUCCGAGAUCAAGAGCCACCCGUGGUUCCAUGGGAUCGAUUGGGCUAACCUGAGAUCGCAGCAGCCACCGUUCAGACCAGCCUUGAAGGAUCCAGCGGAUACACGGUACUUUGAUGAGAUGGUGGAUGACAACCCCAUGGCCGCACCGGAGGGCGAGGAGAGAAUCAUCCGAGAUCCGCUUUUGGGCAACAAGAAUGAGGGACGGCGGUUGCUGGAUAUGCGCAAGAAGCUGGCAUUCGCGGGAUAUACCUUCCGGGGAUUCCAUGCUCCCGGUGGCAAGAAGAACAAGGAUGCGGAUCCAUUGCAUGGGCUCAAAAUCCAUCCCAAUGCGUGGGGUAUGGGCGCGACGGACUCUGUACGCCUGAGGAGUAUGAGUCUGUAGACGUUAUCAUUUAUUUCCAUUUUUUGUAAUACAUUAUUUGCACUCCA